AUGGUAGAAUCUGCGUUCAUCGGAAGUCAGGGACAUGAGGGUCGAAACCGGGAGAGCAAUCUGGAGGAUAAUGCGGGAAAGACUGGCAUGCUGCAAAAGUCUGUGGACACCAAGAUGAACUUCACCAGCCUGUUGAUGAUGUACCAGGACGGGGCGAGCAGCCCUGACUCCAGCGAGGAGGACCAGAAGCUCUCCAUGCUGCCCCACCUGGCAGACCUGGUGUCCUACAGCAUCCAGAAGGUCAUCGGCUUCGCCAAAAUGAUCCCAGGCUUCAGGGCUGCACGUCGCAAGUUUGUCAACUCCGAUCAUGACAUCCCCACUACACUGACAGACAGGCGGUCCAUCGCACUUCGCCGAAAUCAUCAGAGCAAACCUUACGGGCACAGUUGGAAAGUAUUGAACACAGACCUGCGCCACUACCUCAGUCUGCAGUUUCAGAAGGGCUCAAUGGACCACAAGCUCCAGCAGAUCAUACGGGACAACCUCUACCUGCGCACCAUCCCCUGCACCACGCGGCUUCCUCGAGAUGGGGAGGUGCCAGGAGUGGACUAUAAUUUUAUCAGCUGCGGAGACUUCAGGAUCCUGGAGGAAAGUGGACUUCUACUGGAGAGUGGGACCUAUGACGGUAAUUAUUAUGGAACCCCGAAGCCUCCGGCGGAGCCUAACCUGGUGCAGCCUGACCUGGUGGAUCAGGUGCUGUUUGAUGAAGACUACGGCGGUGAUCUCCCUAGGAAACGAACCACCUCUGUCAGCAAGAUGGACAGGAAGGACAGCGCGGUCCCCGAGGAGGAAGAUGAUGACGAGAGGCCCCCACUGGUCAACGGAUUGCCCGAGCUCAAAGAGGGGGCAGACUGGAGGAAAGCAGUGCCCAGCUACACCCAGUCAAGCAGCAGCAUGGACUUCCGUACAUGGAGCUCUCUUCCUCGCGAUGACAGCCUGGAGCCCUUGCCCUUAAACUGGGAGAUGGCUUACACCGAGACUGGCAUGGUCUACUUCAUAGAUCACAAUACAAAGACGACCACGUGGUUGGACCCCCGCUUGGCGAAGAAGGCAAAGCCCCCUGAGAAGUGUGAGGAUGGAGAGCUUCCUUACGGCUGGGAGGAAAUUGACGAUCCACAGUACGGCACAUACUACGUUGACCACAUCAACCAGAAAACCCAGUUUGAGAACCCGGUCCUGGAGGCAAAAAAGAAGCUGAGCCAGGAGACGGCUGCGAUCCAACAAGCCGCAGCAACACCUACCCAAGGUAAGGUAGGUGGGUUCAGCUUCACUUCAGACCCCAGCGAACUAAAGGGGGAGAUGUACCACACAGCACUGAAGAAGAGCCCCCAAGGGUUUGGAUUCACCAUCAUCGGAGGAGACCGCACUGAUGAGUUUUUGCAGGUGAAAAACGUUCUUAGCGACGGCCCUGCUGCCCACGACAACAAGAUGGCAUCUGGUGAUGUGAUUGUUGAGAUUAACGGGAUGUCAGUGCUUGGAAAAACCCAUCCAGAGGUUGUGCAGAUGUUCCAAUCCAUUCCCAUCAACCAGUAUGUAGACAUGGUUCUUUGCCGUGGCUACCCGCUUCCUCCAGAUGUGGAUCUAAGCAGCGACGACCCUCUUCCACCUCCCCCUCUCCCACCGGCAACCCAACCUCAGCAGGCCCUGCAUGGCGGGGAGGUAGUGACGGCCGUGCCCCUGAUCAACGGGCAGCCGCUGCUCGUAAAGGGCGACGUCCUCCACGGCUCCUCUCAGGAGCUCCACUACGUCACCACGGAUGCUAGCGGCCGGCCCGUGGUGGCGGCCUUGCCCAACGGGAGGCACGGGGAGGUGGUGGCAGGGCUGCUGCAGCCGGAGCUGGUGAGCGUGCCGCUGAUCAAGGGGCCCGGGGGUUUCGGGUUUGCCAUCGCCGACUGCCCGCUGGGCCAGAAGGUGAAGAUGAUCCUGGACGCCCAGUGGUGUCGCGGCCUGCAGAAAGGAGACGUGAUUAAGGAGAUCAAUAGGCAAAACGUCCAAACGCUGAGCCACGCCCAAGUGGUGGACAUCCUCAAAGACUUACCAGUGGGCAGCGAGGUCAACGUGCUAGUGCUGCGAGGAGGUCAAACAUCCCCUGUGAAGAGUCUCAAGCCUAGGCAGGAAAUGACGGCCAGUACAGAGACUCUGGACUGCCUCACAGACUCAGCCCCCCAGGCACUGCCUUACCACUCCAACACGAGCACCCUGCGCUCCAUCGACUCCCCCAAACGAGAGGCCACGGAGAUGUACCUGAAGUCCAAAGCCCUGCUGGAGAGCAGACAGCCUUACACCAAAGACAUAGACGUUUUUCUCAAGAGAGACAUUGAAACCGGCUUUGGCUUCCGUGUUCUGGGAGGAGAAGGUCCACAACAGCCAAAUGUGUUUCCCCAGGUGUACAUCGGGGCCAUUGUGCCCAACGGAGCAGCAGAAAAGGAUGGUCGCCUGAGAGCGGGAGACGAGCUCAUUGGCAUCGAUGGUGUGAUGGUGAAAGGUCGUUCGCACAAGCAGGUGCUGGAUCUGAUGACCAACGCUGCCCGCAACGGUCAAGUUAUGUUGACUAUCCGCAGGAAGGUCAUAUACAGAGAUGUGAACGAUGAAGAGGCUCUGGAAAUGGCUCCAGUGCUGGUGAACGGUUCUCCGAAACUACCUCACCUGCCAAUGCCCUGCGAUCUGGACCACGAGUCUUUUGACAUCACACUCCACCGCAAAGAAUCUGAGGGCUUUGGCUUCGUCAUCCUCACCUCCAAGAGCAAACCGCCCCAUGGAGUCAUUCCACACAAAAUCGGGCGAAUCAUUGAUGGCAGUCCCACGGAUCGCUGCGGCCUGCUGCACGUCGGAGAUCGUAUCUCAGCGGUCAACGGGCGCUCCAUCAUCGAGCUCUCUCACAACGACAUCGUGCUGCUCAUCAAGGAGGCCGGCAACGUGGUCACCCUCACUGUGGUUCCUGAGGACGAGUACAAGGGCCCUCCAUCUGGAGCGAGUUCAGCUAAGCAGAGUCCAGCUCUUCAGCACAGAACCCUGGGUCAUAGGUCAGCACUACAGGAUGAACGUUAUAACCUGGACCUGGAAGAGAAAAGGGAGGCUGUCAACUGGUCUGACCACAAAACUCUUCCAAUGAGUGAGCAGGGAACGAUGUGUGUGACGGGACCCAAUCAGGUUGGAGAUGAGAUAGUGGAGAUUAACGGGGAGCCGGCACGCGGCAUCUCUCACACCCGGGCUAUCGAGCUGAUCCAGGCUGGUGGAAGCAAAGUGGUGCUGCUGCUCAGACCAGGGGCGGGCCUGGCUCAGGACGGCAGUCAACAUGAUCAAAAAGUCAUUUCACCUGCAAGCUCUCCCGGAGAGGUGUUUUUAUCAGACACAUCACCCCUCUCCUCUCCAUAUCCCACCGGCGCUUCCAACUUUGUUUCCCCUCCCUUCUCCAGCAAUCUGAAACAUUCGCACAGCUGGAGCAGCAUCUCCCCCCAAGGCCACAAGCCCCGCAGCAGGGGUUUGGACUCAGUGAAGGAGAUUGGUGAGAGGUCAGAGAAAGAGGCAGACAGGCUCUCUCCCGCCUCCCCUGAGCAUAUUAACUUCUACAGAAGGACCAGGCCCCCUAAGGACCCCAGAGAGCUAAGCAGCCCAAAGAACACAGGGGAGGCAUUUCCUAAAGCCAAAGAGCAGCAUCACGGUCCCAAAAAGACUGAGAGUCAGCCGAAGGAAGAAACGCUGACUAGGAAAAGGAUGUCUCAGACAAAAACACGAUCCACAAGCCCUAGAAAGUCUCCUCCAGCUGCACAGCAAGCGGCUUCAACAGUGCAGCGUUCGGAACAUCCACAAGGCGCCCAGAGAAGAUUAAAAGUCUCCUCCAGCAGAGAGAGCUUGGAUCAUGAAAAGAAAAAUGGCAAAGGGGGGACCAUUGGGACCAGAAAAUACUCACAAAGACGAGAGAUGGAAGCGAGAGGAGAAAGGAUCGAGCCUGGCCAUGAGCAAGAAAGUUUCAUAAGAAGAGUGGGGGGAGAGUUUCAGCACCGCAGGACGUCUCAUAAAGUCAGAGAAGGCGAGAAAGGUACAUCUAAAGACUCAGGGCAAAGAGAUGCUAAUGGGAAAUCCAUGGAAGACAAGAAUUCAAGUAAAGGAACCGUCAACAAAAGAGAAUCACUGUUGCAUUUUAAAGAUUUGUGGAGUAGAAAAGGGUCCGUGGUCUCACCAAGAGAGGCAAAAGGAAGAGAAGACACAUUCGUUCACUCCAAAGAAGCCAGCAGUAGGGAAGACUUUGUGGCCUCUAUAAACAGUUCUCCAGGGACCCCGCAGAGCCCAAAGGGACCCAUUAUCCCCGGCCCUUGGAAAGUGCCCUGCUCAGCCAGAAUCCUCACCGAAGCAGAGGUCCUUCAAGACCCUUUGUGAUAAAUAUUGAAUCACCCAGACAUGAGAAUAUUUAACAGUGCCCUCAGCGGGUUGUUUUUCUGAGUUCUUCCAUAAAACAGGGCAACAUGGUGCCACUUUUAUUACCUGCUGGUCCAUGUUCCAGAUUUUCUCUUUGGACUCUGUCUUUUUCUGGGAGUCCUGUGACAUAACGUGUUGGCAUGUAGCAACUCCCCCUCUGCCUUGUCCGCUGCUUCAUCAUCUUUGAUGUGAGACUUAAGCAUGUGUGGCAUGCUCGGGGCCUCACCAGACACGACAUUUUGAAAUGUGAAUAUGUGCCAAUCCUGGGAGCCUCCUGUGGAACCAUGACUACCAACAGCGCUUCACCCAUUACAAUGCAAUGACCCAUAUGCAAAGAAAAGGAGAUAGGCCCUAGCCUCUCGCCUGUAGUAUACACCAAGUGUGACUGUCACCUCGGGUUUCAUUUAGCUCUCGGCCUCAUAGCGGGAUAUUUUGACUGUCUUUUUCUUAAACGUUUGCUCAAUUGCAUGCAGUCGGUCCUUCUGUUUGUUUUACUGCACGUGUUCUGCACAUCACUGAGGAUGAUUUUCUUGUUUAUAGUUCUCAUUUACCACUCCAGGCACAUUUCGAAUACAACCCAGCAAGCAUACACUUUACCGGGGACUCAAGACUGUUCUACGAUUGCAGACGUGACUCUCCUCCUUACGAACAGUAUCAUUAAAAAGACCAGAAACUUGUGGUUUGAGAUCUCGUUUACCAUGUGUAUGAUAAGCAACCAGUGUGUAAUUUAUUGAGAUGAUAGAAUAAUAUGUGUAUAUGUAGCUGUAACCAAGCCAUUCCACAUUUUUGAUAUAGAAUCCAGAGAUUUGUCCCAUGUUAUUUGCGCUUUCACCUCCGAUGUAUUUCAGUGCUAGGAAUUACCAUGGAUCUCGUAGUUCAUGAAAUGUAUAGGUAACGCGCAAACCGCUGUACCAAAUGUUCGCAAUCGCUCAAACGUGUCUCAUUGUGAAAUAUUAUAUCUACAUAUAUAUUUGAAUGUGUCAUGUUUUGCAGAUUCUAACUUAAAUAUAUAUUGAAUUCCAUUGCACUGCAUCUGCCCUUGUAGCAUAUCAGAAUGACCAUGAGUUGUAUCUAAUUUGUGAUGUUGACUUGCGACCAAUGCCAUUUUAUUCUUAUCGGUAAUAUGUUUAUUAUUUUAUAAAGCUAUUUCAUUUAUUUUAAAGACUCUCUCUUUACGGCCAACAUGUCAAUUUAUAUUAUAAUGUGCAAAAGUCAUGUCCCUAAUGGUUUAACCUUUGCCCACUGAGAAAAGAAAAAUGUGGGUUUUUAAUGUAUGUAUUUGUCAAUCCUGCUGUAUAAUUAUCUGACAGGGAAGCUUGAAGGAAAAUGGAGCCUAGAGGGUAAUGUGUUGGCUUACUGAGAUGCUGCUGAUGUAAAACUAGCAUACAAAGAUCACAACUUCCUAUGUUUUUGAAUGGUUGUUGAGCUGAAGAGAUAAACAAUUGGUUCCAUCAUGGGGUCAAUGAAAAUGAGAAAUAGUCGGAUUACACUGUAAAGUCAGUCAGAGGAAAGGAAAUAUACUCUCAGCACAACUGCUUAUAAGAUAAAGACAUAUUAGGACGAGCUCAGGGAACACAGAAAAGUAGCAAACGUGUGAUAAAGUCAAUGUUGGUGAAAUGGUGGUUAAGGUUUGUGCGUGACUGUGAUAAGAGCCUGUGAUUGUAUAAGAGAGUUAGCUGUCAGGUUUCAAAUGACUUGAGGACACAUGAGCCAAUCAGUGGUAAGUUGUGUGCAAUAGUAAUAGUGGUUGGUUGAAAUCCAACUAAGGGUCAUGUACAGGCAGGUCACUGGUUAGUCAGAUAAUGCCCUUUUUAUUGUAUGUCCCCUGCACUGUUGUUCUCCUACCUGCUUUGGUUUUCUUUAUUUCAUCUCUGUAUCAUACUGUGGCCUUGCAUCGCUUCAUUAGAAAAACAAUCCUUGUGGUAUCUUCUACAUUCUGUAGGAACAGUAGAUGUAAAUGUUUGUACAUUGUACAGCACCUUUAUAAAUACUUGCUGAGUGCUAUUUCAAGGGGGGAAAAAAUAGAGGUAUAUUAAAUCGCUCCAUUAUUUUUUUAUGUAUAAAAAAAAGAGAACAUAUUUAAAAAAUAAUU